ACAGGUUAUCGUAAUAUUUAUUCAUGUAAAUUGUAAAUAAUUAUUCUUAUCUAUUACUAAAUAACUAAAUUUACUAGUGUCUAUUGUAGUAUUGUCUCGUCCAAACAACUUGGACAGUUAUAAUGUUGUGCAAUAAAUUACUGAAUUUUGCGAGCAAAACUGUUCAAACCGUGUCUGCUAACCGAAUAGCUGUUUCUGCUGCAUCGAGUUUAAGCGUACGAUCGUUUUCAGCACCUAUCAGUCAGGAAUAUGUUGUCGACAAUACGAUUGCACACAAAACGUUUUCCGACAGUAUAAUACAAACUGUCAAUGAAGCUGUAAAAAACAAUAACCGAUUGUUUGCUGUCGUACAUAUAUGUGGUAAGCAGUUCAAAGUCACCGACAACGACCUGGUGCUGAUAGAUGGUUAUUGGCCUCCAAAUGUCGGGGAUCGCAUCAAGUUGCAAAAAGUUUUGUUAGUUGGUGGCAAAGAUUUUACGUUGAUCGGCAGGCCCGUUUUGGAUCCAGGUACUGUGCAAGUCACCGCGACAGUGGUCGAUAAAGACCUGUCUCACACCAGAACAAACUUCGAACGUAUCAAACGUAAACAGUAUAUGAGAAUCAACUUUGUACGAAAAGAAAUCACGAUGCUCCGGAUCAACUCUGUAUUUAUAACACAAAAUAUUGAUAAUAGAAAAGAAGUUCAGGAAAUGGGAAGACGUGUAAUGUAAUCGCAACUUAGAUUUUAAAUUGUACGAAUUGAUUGUAGUUAAGAUAUACCUUUGUAWAAUAAAAUAUAAUACACUAGACUGUUKUAUUACUAAUUAAUGA